AAAAACUUUCUGCAACGGAAUGAAAAAUGUACAUCGUUUUAAUGUCAAUCGCUAUAGUCAGUUUGUCGCGUAAUAAAGGACGAUAUAUUGCUCGUGUAACGUAAUUACUAGCUAUAGAUGAAUGAAACAGUUCCGAGGAGAAGCCGAACGUGUGAGUUUGCAGCCGCAAGAUGAGCACAUUUUGCAUGACGUGGGUUUUUCCGCAGACCUGCCCCGUCAAUUGAAUUCUUUUAGUUCGGUCUAAACGUCUGAUUAUCUUUGACGUUCAGAUAUAGAUUUUGCUGUACUGCGUUGACUGCUAGAAAGAAUCGUCUGCUGCUGCUUUCUGGCUAUUUACUGCAUAAAUUGUAAAUAGAAUAUAUUCGACAUUCCACGCAAUCUUAUCGUUCCAAGACUUUUUACCAAGAUUAUUUUCUUGUUCUGCUGAAGAUAUAAUUUAGCAACUGAUUUAUAUUUAUAUAAACCGGAAAAAAUGGCGACGGGUACCGAUGUUUACGAUGAACUUUAUCUCUAUGCAACUCCAGAUAAAUUCUACAUAGAACCAGUUAGAACAAAUGUACUAUUGAUUAUUGAUAGAUCAUCCCAUCAAAUCCAUAUCCAAGUUGCUAACCCUAGUCAGAUACCACAAACUGCAAGCCGUAGGAAAAUAUGGGGAAUCGUAGGAAUCAUAAAAUUACUUGCAUGUCCUUACUUAAUUGUCAUAGAUGAUGCCCAAAAAGUUGGCACUAUAGCUAAUCAAGAUAUUUACAAAAUUGUUUCCACCCAUAUUGUUCCAUAUACUAGAUCAAUGAUUCACUUGGAUGAAAAGCAGAAGCGUAAUAAUACAACUUACUUAGACAUGGUCAAGGCUGUUCUAAGUACACCUCACUUCUAUUUCAGUUAUACUUAUGAUUUGAGUCAUACUAUGCAAAGACUUCACAACACUCCCCCAGAUUUUUUGCAGUUACCACUCCAUGAGAGAGCUGAUUCAAGGUUUAUUUGGAAUUCAUACUUACUGCAAGAUUUUGCAGCACGACCUGAACAUCACAAAUUUUGUCUUCCAAUUAUUCAUGGAUUUGUUUCACUCAACACAAUUGUUGUAAAUGGCACUCCAUUUAACUGGGGCAUAAUAUCCAGACGUUCAAUUCACCGAGUAGGUACAAGACUAUUCUGCCGAGGUGUAGAUACCAAUGGAAAUGUUGCCAAUUUUGUAGAAACAGAGCAGAUUAUUGAAGCUAAUGGUAGUAAAAGUUCAUUUGUGCAAACUCGUGGAUCAAUUCCAUUGUUUUGGCAGCAAAAUCCCAAUUUAAAAUACAAGCCCAAGCCACAGCUUAUUCCAAAUGAAAAUCAUUUGGUAGCUUGUGCUCGUCACUUUGAUAGUCAAGUUUUCCACUAUGGAAAACAAAUAUUAAUUAAUUUGAUUGACCAUAAGGGACCAGAAGCAGCAUUGGAAAAAGCAUAUCGUACUACAGUUGCAGAAUUAAAAAAUCAGAACAUUAAGUAUGAAGCUUUUGAUUUUCAUCAUGAAUGUCGUAAAAUGCAAUGGUAUAGACUGGAGAUUCUCAUGGCUCGCCUCACUAAUGACUUGGAGCAGAUGGGUUAUUUCUUGUUAACAAGAGAUGGAGUAUUAGUUUCUGUUCAAGAUGGAAUUUUCAGAACAAAUUGUAUAGACUGUUUAGAUAGGACAAAUGUAGUACAAAGUAUGCUAGCAAAAAGAGUUCUUUCUGAUGCUCUAUCUAAGUUAGAAAUUCUUAGAAAUGUAAAUGAACAUCCGUCAUUAGAGUUCUUAUUCAAACAGGUUUGGGCUGACAAUGCUGAUAUUGUAAGCACUGAAUAUUCUGGGACAGCAGCAUUGAAAACUGACUUUACAAGAACAGGUAAGAGAACCAAGAUAGGAGCUAUGAAAGAUAGUAUAAAUUCUAUGACCAGAUACUAUAAGAACAACUUUGCUGAUGGCUUUAGACAGGAUUCUCUGAAUUUGUUUUUGGGGCGAUAUGUGGUACAAGAUGGCGAGUGUUUGACUGUAACCUGUCCAUUAGAAUCUGAGAGAAACUGGCGUUACGCAUCAUUCCCAUUGGUCCUUUUAGUGGCAUCAGCAAUGUUAAUGGCACACAUGAUAUUGCCUUCAAGAUAUACUACAGAAAUUUUACUCUACAUGUUAUUUUGGGCAGCGAUGGUGGCUGGUACUUUUACAACAAUUAUUCAUCAUGGCAAGCAGUAUAUUGACAAGCCCAAGCUAUUGUAAAGCUAGAAUUGAUUCUUAUUACUUCCGAUUGCUGUUAAAUAUAUAUUUUAUUCAAUAUCUUAUGAAAAUUGUAUUCUUAUUACUGUAAAAAUGUGCAAGUCAAUCUAUAUUAAAAGUAUCUGAAAAUUUUAACAA